GGGCAGGACGCCUGGGUUCUGGUCACAGCACUAACACCCCCCCCCGCCCCCCUGCCAGGCUGUGAGAUCUUCUCGGACGCGGGGAAUCAUGCCUCCAUGAUCCAGGGCAUCCGCAACAGCGGGGUCCCCAAACACGUCUUCCGGCACAACGACCCCCAGCACCUGGCCCAGCUGCUGGGGCGCAGCCCCCCCGGCGUCCCCAAGAUCGUGGCCUUUGAGACCGUGCACUCCAUGGACGGUGGGAUCUGCCCCCUGGAGGAGCUGUGUGAUGUGGCCCACGCGCACGGCGCCCUCACCUUCGUGGACGAGGUUCACGCCGUGGGGCUGUACGGCGCCCGUGGGGCCGGCAUCGGGGAGCGCGACGGGGUGCUGGGCAAGGUCGACAUCGUCUCCGGCACCCUGGGGAAGGCCUUCGGCUGCGUGGGGGGGUACAUCGCCAGCACAGCGGCGCUGGUGGACACGGUUCGCUCCUACGCGGCCGGCUUCAUCUUCACCACCUCGCUGCCCCCGCCGGUGCUGGCCGGCGCCCUGGCCUCCCUGCGGGUGCUGGCCGGGCCCGAGGGCCGGGGGCUGCGCCGGGCCCACCAGCGCAACGUCAAGCACAUGCGGCAGCUGCUAAUGGACGCCGGGCUGCCCGUCGUCAGCUGCCCCAGCCACAUCAUCCCCAUCCGGGUGGGCGACGCGGCCCUGAACUCCCGGCUCUGUGACCUUCUCCUGUCCCAGCACAACAUCUACGUCCAGGCCAUCAACUACCCCACGGUGCCCCGGGGCGAGGAGCUGCUGCGCCUGGCGCCCUCCCCCCACCACACGCCCCCCAUGAUGGACUACUUUGUGGAGCGGCUGGUGCAGGGCUGGCAGGACGUGGGGCUCCCCCUGCAGCCCCCCGCGUCCUCCUCCUGCCACUUCUGCCAGCGGCCCCUGCACUUCGCCCUCAUGAGCGAGUGGGAGAGAGAUUCCUUCGGCAGCCUGGGGGCCCAGUGCCUCACCAGCAGCGCCUGAGCCCGGGACGGACCCCCCCGGCGUGGGACGGCCGGACAGACCCCCCCCGGCGUGGGACGGAUGGACGGACCCCCCCGGCGUGGGACGGACGGACAGACCCCCCCAGCACCACCUGACAAGGGCUCUAAAUAAAACCCGUUCAGCUUGUG